AUGGUGGAAAAACUUCUUGGUCACUGGAAACUAGAAAGCAGUGAAAACUUUGAUGAAUACAUGAAAGCAAUGAAAGUAAAUAUUGUGCUAAGAAAGAUUGGAAACAGCAUCACUAGCUAUUUUGAAAUCUGCAAAGAUGGCGACACGUGGACACUUCACAUAACUUCCACCUUCAAGAAUCAAACACUCGUUUUCAAACUCGGAGAACCAGUCGAUGAAACAACAUUAGACGGUCGGAAGUGCAAAAGUACGUUUACUGUUGAAGGCAACGUUUUAGCUCAACAACAGGACGCAGUCAAUUCUAGUGAUACCUCCUCGAAGUACGAGUAUGAGGUUCGUGAGGACGGAAAGUUGUAUCUGACUUGUAUAUCCGUGCCAACAAAUGUGGUAUCUACGAGAAUCUUUCUACCGUAUACUCCAUAG